AUGCCUCCCUUUUGGCUGCUGCUCCUCCUCCUCUUGGCUACUCGCGUCCAAGGACAGCUCCAGUUCUCGGCCAAUGUGUUUCCACCCACAUGCGACGGUUGUUACUGUGUGGUGGAGGACACUAAUAAUAGUACGUGCCCUUCCAUGCCGGCCAUUUCCUUCAACUUUACACAAUUACUCAAGCGAAUGAGAUGGACCAAUCCCAUUCAUCUCGAAUGCAAUCCCUACCCGUAUGCCAACGUGGAAGGCUGUACUCUCACCGAUUCGAAGGGCAACAAUGUCGAACAAGAGUGGGGCCCAGAGGCAGUUUGUGGGAUUCGCUAUGACAAUAGACUCUUGAAUCAAUGCUAUGGAAGCUACACGACAGAGUCCUUUGAAACCAGAGACGAAGCAGAACAAGCAGGCUUCACGGUCACUCAUAUGGGUGCUUGUGGCACUUGUAGUUCCACCACGGAUCUGGCCAUUUACAUUGAAACCCCGGAUUUACAGGGACCAGGAGCCGAGUGCGGCUACAUUUCACUCUCCAAUAAGACGGCGGCGUUGGAAUGCUAUAAAGACAUUGGUUUCACCAAGAGCUGUGCCGCCACAUGGUUGUACGAUACCACCACCAAUACGCGUGAAAACUGUUUGAGCUCCUGCCUGAAAUACUUUGGAGACCCGCCCAACUUGAACGAAUCCCAAUGUCCCCUCAAUGAGUGCAUCCUUUGCAAUGAAGAAAUUAGUGGACCCCUCUUCAAGAAAUAUGCCGGACGAACACGACGGGGAUCUGGAUUGCUCAGUUACAUUGUCCGCAACUGUUCGGAGUUGACCUAUGAUGUGUCACCGUUGGAUCCCUGUCCCGGCGGAUACCUCAGUGGAUUUGACGACGCCAUGCUUUACCAAAGCACUCCGAGCAGUAGUGCAUCCCAAAGAUGCUGGACGCUAUGGAUGGGCAGUUUCGUGGCUGCCACUACUCUACUGCUGCAACGACGGAGUGGAGUGUAG